AUGUCAGCCGCAAUACACAGUAAGAAGAUAUUUUCAGACGAUGAUGAUGACAGCGAUGAUAUGGGAACAAACAAACCACAAACGAAACCGAACAAAAAGCGAAAGAGAAAUGCGAUAAAACGAUUUGACGAUGAGCAACAUGCAACAAACACAAAUACAGCAACAGCAGCGAUAGCAAGCAAAGAUACCCCACAAUUGGAAGAUACUGAUGAUACAGAGGAGAAAGAAAAGAAAAAGAUCAAACGAGAGAAGAAAGCCAAGCCGAAAGCGAUACCCAAAAAGAAAGCACCAUUGGAUCUGGAUCGUCAGUGUGGCGUUCUGAUAGCACCACUGAUGAAUCCAUGCACAAGAUCACUCACAUGUAAAAUUCAUGCGAUGGGAGCGAAAAGAGCUGUCGAAGGAAGAACACAACCAUUUAACGAAUUACUGGCAGCCUAUCAGAAAAAAGGUAUUGGGAGACCACAAGUGCCUGCUGGAGGUACGUCGAGCCAAGUAAACCAACAUGCGCAACAACAAAAAUCAUUGUCUGGCAAAGCGAAUGUACACAAGCAACAGCAACAGCAACAAGCAAUCGAUGAUGAUCUUGCCAAUAAUGCAGCCAUUGAUUCGGAUGAGGAGACCGAGACGAUUAGGAUGGCUAUUGAACAGAACCGACCUCAUCCCUUGGGAUGUCGGCAAGUGUACUAUGUGAGACGAAAGAGAGAAUAUCACAAAUUACGAGACAUCCUGCUAGAGGCCAUUACACCCAAAGUAAAUCCUUCAGCAUCUACUUCAUCUACUGCUACCAAUAGCACAAAUGUUACUACCACAUCAACAUAA